AUGACCGCCGCCUCCACCGGCGGCGGCGACGGAGGAGGUGGUGGCGGGGGCGCGUCGUCCCCGGCGGCGCCGCGGGCCAUGAAGCGCGAGCUGGCCUUCGCGCUGCAGUCCCUCUCGGAGAUCACCGCCUCCCCCGGCCGCACCCGCUCCGGCCGCUCCCUCCUCGCCUCCCCCUCCCUCCCCUCCUCGCCGGCCAAGCGCCGGAAGGCCGCCGCCAGAUCCGACCCCCCGCCCACCCCGCCCCUGCCCAAGGUCAGCCACAACGCUCCUGAGAUGCUGCCCGAGGUCAGCCACAACGCUCCCGAGGCGCCGCCCUUGGCUGCCGAGAUGCUGCCCGAGGUCAGCCACAACGCUCCCGAGGCGCCGCCCUUGGCUGCCGAGAUGCUGCCGGUGGCCAGCCAAGAUGCUGCCGCCGAGGCGUCACCCAAGGCCAGCCACUCUGACGACAUCGUCAUGGUGGACGCCGAGGCGCAGCUCAAUGCUCAAGGCGACGCAGACCUCAUGGGCCCCUGCGCAUUCCCGGCGCCCAUGGAGAAGAAGAAGAAUGAAGAGGAGGGGGAUGGGUCCAAUGCUGCCGUCCCCCCUCAGCACCAAAUGGAUGCGCAUCCUGCUCCUGUAACAGAGGCUGAAUCUGCCGGCGAGGCGGCAACACAGGACACGGGAGUCGAGCCCAGCACUGCUGCUGCACAUGCAAUGCCAGACGCUGAAGAGGGUGCUAGCAUGGAAUUGGACGCACCUUUGGCUUUGCUUGAGUUCACUGCUGGAUCAAGUGGACACAGUGUACUGGACAGUGUGUUGGCUGAUACUCCUAUGGCCGCCGAGGAUGCCACCAUGCCUGCUUCCAUUGCCAUGGAUGCUGAGGAUGCCGCCACACCAGUUUCCACUGCCAAGACCGUCAAGCCUAAAAGACGCUUCACACGGUCGCUGCUUGGACUGGACAGAGAGACCGCAGCCAGUGAAAUUAUAGGAGAUGUCUCGCUUGAUUUGUCUGCAACACCAGGGAGGAGGUUCACAAGGUCACUGCUCAAGCCAAAGGUGGAGGUGCCUCCUGCCAGCAGCCCGGUUGUGCCUGAAGAGCCCGUUGAAAGCACACCAGAGACCCCUCCAUCGGUGACCAAGAUGGAGAUGAAGAUGUCCAAGAAAGUUGCCUGCCUCUCAAAGCACCCAGGCAACACCAGAGAUUUGCUCAGCACAGGACUGCUCGAGGGAAUGCCGGUUAUGUACAUCAUCCCUAAUAGCAAGAAGCCUGUGCUUAAAGGUGUGAUUGCAGGUUGCAAUAUACGUUGCUUUUGUGUUAAGUGUGAUGGCUCCAAGGCUAUUACUACAUAUUUCUUUGAACUACAUGCUGGAAGCAGCAAAAAACACCCUGCAGAGUACAUCUACUUAGCAAAUGGUAAUAGUUUGCGGGAUGUGCUGCGUGCCUGUGAAAGUUCUCCUUUGGAUUCUCUAGAUAAAACAAUCCAGUCCUGCAUUGAUCCCAUGCUUACAAGGACCCGCACGAAUUGUCUGAACUGCAACGGUGAGCUACCUUCACAAACGGAAGAACAGUUUCUGUGCCAUCAGUGUUGCCCAGAGUCGAACCAACCUCAAGAUCCUACUUCUCCGUUGGCAUACAGCAAGAGCAGUUCCAGUCUGACUCCAAGUUCCAAGGAAUCUUUGUUGAAGAGGAUGUCGGCAAGCAAAGGCGCAAGUACCGGAAAAGUAACAACAAAGGAUACGGGGCUACACAAACUGGUAUUCAAGGUUUUGCUUGACGGUACUGAAGUAACCUACUAUGUUGAUGGGCAGAAAAUAAUCGAUGGAUACAUCAAGGAUCAAAGAAUCUACUGUAACCAUUGCAACAAAGUGGUCAGCCCCUCAGCGUUCGAAGCUCAUGCGGGUGAGGGAUCAAGACGCAAACCGUAUGACAACAUCUAUACGUCAAAUGGGGUAUCCCUGCAUGAGCUGUCAAUGAGAAUAUCAAAAGACAUGCAAUUGUCGGAACGUGAAACUGAUGAUCUGUGCAGAGAAUGUGGUCUAGGAGGGGAUAUUUUCCCUUGCAAAAUGUGUCCAAGGUCAUUUCACCCAGCUUGCGUUGGGCUGCCUGGAGUUCCCUUGGAGGAGUGGUUUUGUGAUAACUGCACCAUCCUCGUUCAGAAAGAAAAGGCUUUAGCAGCAAACAAGAAUGCCAAGGCUGCUGGGAGGCAGGCCGGAGUCGAUUCCAUUGAGCAGAUUUUGAAGAGGGCUAUUAGAAUCGUCCCAAUCUGUGAUGACCUUGGAGGAUGCGCCUUAUGCAAGAAAAAGGAUUUUAACAAUUCAGUAUUUGAUGAGCGCACUGUGAUACUCUGUGAUCAAUGCGAGAAAGAAUACCAUGUAGGAUGUUUGAGGAGCGAAUGGCAGGUCGACCUGAAGGAAUUACCAGAAGGGGAGUGGUUCUGUUGUGAUAGUUGCUCUGAGAUACGCUCCUCUUUGGACAAGAUGAUUUCUGAAGGAGCUCAGCCUUUGUCGGAGUCAGACCUUGAUAUCAUAAGGAAGAAGCACGAGUCAAAAGGUUUGAUCAUGGACACCAAUACAGAGAUCAGAUGGCAAUUGGUUGCUGGUAGAAGUGCCACUGAAGAUGGCAACUCAUUGCUUUCUUCUGCUGUCCCAGUUAUUCAUCAAUCUUUUGAUCCAAUCAUCGAAGCCCAUACUGGUAGGGAUCUAAUUCCUGAGAUGGUCCACGGGAGGAGACCUAAAGAAGGAAUGCCAGGCCAAGAUUACGGUGGAAUGUACUGUGCGGUCUUAACUGUAGGUUCUACUGUCGUGUCGGCAGCACUUCUGCGUGUCAUGGGAGGUGACGUGGCCGAACUGCCACUGGUUGCUACAAGUAUGGAUCUUCAAGGACUGGGCUACUUCCAAGUGUUGUUCUCAUGCAUCGAAAGGCUGCUAGUUUCGCUGAAGGUGAAGCACUUCAUGCUUCCGGCCGCCCAUGAAGCUGAAGCCAUCUGGAUGAAGAAGUUUGGCUUCUCUAAAAUCCCUCAGGAUGAGAUGGAAGCUUAUCUUAACGGGGGACACCUCACCGUAUUCCAUGGAACCUUGAACCUGUACAAGGCCGUUCCAUUGCCUGAAUCUUAG